AUGGGUCAUUCGAAGGCAAAGCAAGUGGAUCUAGAAGCUGCUAGUGCUAAGGCUGAACGUGUAAAGGAAAGAAGAAAGCGAAGCUUGGCGACACAGGAGAAAGAAAUUGCUGAAAAAGUUAAAAGACUCGAAGAACCCGGUACGACUAUAGCUAAUCUUGAGUUUCAGGUGGAAGUUGAAGAAACACUCGAAAGCAAUGCUGAUGAAUCCGCCAGUACGCCAGUAUGGUGGCUUAGUAACUGUUGCUCUGUCAGCGAUGAUCUUCCCGAAGCAGUAGAAGCUCUCAAGUUGGUUGACAGUCAAUGCCAAACUGAUGAGUUCCAAUACCUUUUUGAGCAGAGUUUACCUGAGCCACAGUUUAGCGAAGAUUAUUUAAAAGACGACGAUGAAAAAGUGCGUUUGUACACUGGUCUACCUUCUUUUUCUGUUCUAAAAUCAACAUUUAAUCACGUAGCACCACAUGUGUUGUGCAGAAGUAAGAUCCUCAACCAAUUCCAGGAAUUAAUUUUGGUCUUGAUAAGACUAAGGCUUGAUAUAUUCCUGCAACAUCUGGCCUACAGAUUUGAGAUUUCUAAAAGGACCGUACAGUGCAUUAUGAAUUCUUGGAUGGAAGCUAUGUACGAUUGUCGCCACUGA